AUGCGGCGUGUAGUUGCUUCACGCAAAGCGAUUUGUGAGUACCGCCUGUACUCCCAAGUUUCCCCGCAGGGAUACCCAGUCACUGCGGUAACUCCUCAACAGAUAAGGCGGGUACCGUUUUACCGCCACCGGAAGCUUUAUGAUCUUACAACGCGUGAAUUGAGUGAAGAGGCCAUACGCGAUUUUUUGCCCCCCAAACCCGCUGUGCCGGCGGGAUGGAGCAUGGAGCACAAAAUUGGAAGUUGCAGGUUUGAUUUGACAAAAACAAUGGGUGCCGAUGAUAGUGCAAGGGAAGAUUUGCACGUCGUUGCCUUGAUGGAGCCAAAAAAAUAUGAACAAACAUAUCGGAUGGACAAUGGGGAACGGAACGGUGAAGAAUAUCUAGUUUUCAACCUCUUUAUAAAGAAACAUCAACACUCAGGGGGCGUGGAGUUUGGGUUAACUUCGAUUGACAUGGAAUUGGUGAUGGAUUCGCUUGUGGUUCACAGCACGGAUAGGGAAAUGGACUACUCUAUCGGAGCUUUAGGUCCAGGUAAAACAACAAGUGUAGGUACUUCUUUCGGGCAGAAACUGAAUAUCGAAUGCAGACGCUGCAGGGAUUAUCGUUACCGCGGACCGAUGCUCAAUGAACUUGAUGACGAUUUAACUGAUGAAAUACUAGAUUAUUUGGAUGAACGUGGUGUAAAUAACGGCUUUGCUGAGUAUAUGAUGGCUCAGGCGCACUUUCUGGAGCAGGAAGAAUAUCUUAACUGGUUGCGCUUACUUAAACAGUUCGCUACUUGA